GUCUUUCUUCUUGGUGAUCACAGCGCUCAGUUUAACGGUUGAUACUCGCGAGACGGCUGUCAGGCUCCAUUCCCUCCUAACUACACCUCCCCAGUAGAACAGCCAUGGCGUCCGAAGAGCUGGCGAAGAAGCUCCAGUCCCGGCUGGUCGCUACGCAGGAGGCCGCCGACCACGACCCGAGGCCGGACUCCGGACCGAGCCCGGUCCUCCGACCCAGACCGCAGGAGGCCGAGGCAGCCUGCGGAGACUCCUCGUCCUCCUCCUCCGAGCUGUCCGCCGUGCUGACCCGCCGUCAGGACAUCAACGACGGGACCGCCGCACCGCGACUGACCCGCGUAUUCAACCCGUACACGGAGUUCAAGGAGUUCUCCCGCAAGCAGAUCAAGGACAUGGAGGCGAUGUUCAAACGGUAAGAUGUCCGUUGGUUUAUGCACGCGGAGCAGCGGAGGUUCCGACAUUGUUGACGUGUAGUCGUGCGCGCGUGGGCCGUUGGUGGCUGAGUGAGCGCGCGGAUGAUUAAGAUGAUGAUGAUGCUGCUGACGUGAAGCCUCGCGGGUGAAAGCACGAGCUGUCACUCUGAUCACGACACCGACUCACCGAAGCCCUCGUCACCGUUUUGAGGGAUUCUUCAGUGCGUGUUUUAAUCCGUCCGGUGACGUCUCGUGAUCGGAGGGGAGAGCGCACGAGGCCAUAGAUUACAUUGAUGGGUUCAGAUUUAUUGACAUAAAAAACUGACGGUGAAGAUAUUCUACGGAGGCCCAGAUG